GUUGUUUUGUUUUACUCGAAAAGGAUGGCUACUGAACAAGACGAAACAGUUCUAGCGAUUCAAGAAGAAGAGAAGACUUCGAAGCCGAUGGCUAAAGGGUCCUUGUUGCAAUCCGUUGAAGCAGGUUUGGAGAUAACAGAUGAUAUGAAAAGUUCAGUCUUCCAAAUUAUUGAAGAGUUGAAAGAAGAGUAUGAAAAGGAUGAUUCCAAGAAAGUAUCUGCUGCAGGUGUGUUCAGAAAUCCUAAAAGGUUUAUGUGGUUUCUGGCAAUAUUUGCCAGUAUUGGAGGCUUUCUCUAUGGCAUAGAUAUCAGUCUGAUUAGUGGUGCACUUUUGUUCAUGAAAGUUGACUUGAACUUGGACACUUCUCAGCAAUCACUAGUUUCCAGUGGCAUGUCUUUAGGUGGAGUUGCUGGGGCAUUAAUUUCUAUGCCUGUCAACGAACUGGUAGGACGUAAAUAUAGUAUUAUCGUGGCCUGUAUUUUGUAUACUGCUGGUGCCAUUCUUGAAGCUGCUGCUCGUAACUAUGGCACUAUGGUCGCGGGAAGAUUGAUAUUAGGUGCUGGUGUUGGUCUCGAGGCGAUGACUAUACCUACUUAUAUUUCUGAAUGUUCUCAGAAAAGAAGGAGAGGUGGUAUUGUCUCUUUGUAUCAAGUGCUUAUUACUUUUGGUAUAUUGGCUGGAUAUGUGGUGAAUGCCAUAUUUGUGAAAGUACCUGGAAAUUGGCGAUUCAUGAUGGGUUCCUCGUUACUGUUUUCAACUAUUCUUCUUAUUAGUGCCUUUUUCUUCCCUGAAAGUCCUCGAUGGCUAAUGAGAAAGGGUCGAAGAGUGGAUGCUUAUGCAACAUGGCUCGCUGUUCGUGGAUUUAAUGUGGAAGAAGAGAAGAUUGAAUUUGCUAUUAUGGAGGAAGUAGUCAUUGCGGAAAGAGAAGCAUCAAAAGAUCGUUUCCUAUAUUUAGACUUUAUUCGAAUUCCUUAUUGUCGUAGAGCUGCUAUUCAUGGCAUUCUUAUGAUGGUUUUCCAACAGUUUUCUGGUAAUAAUUCGAUGACAUACUUCUUGGGAACGAUGUAUGAACGAGCUGGACUUUCUGCUGAGAAUUCUGUUUAUAUUAGUAUGCUUGGCGGUGGUACUAUGUUCUGGUCUACCAUUCCCGCAAUCUAUCUAAUGGAUAGAUUUGGCAGAAGACCUCUCUUAUUAAUUUUAGUUCCUGGAGUGGUAGCAGGAUUGAUUAUUACAGGGUUCUCUUUCUAUGCUCCAACAACUACUUCGUUAAUAGUGGUGUAUACCAUUGGAGUUGUCAGUUACUAUGCAUUUUGGGGUUCUGCACUUGGUCCAACUCCAUGGGUUAUGAAUUCGGAAAUUUAUCCUACCUACAUUCGAAGUUAUGGAAUGAGCUUGGGAACAUUAUCCAACUUUCUGGGUAAUUGGAUCACUACUUAUGCUUUCCUACAAAUGUUGGAUGCAAUGACGAAGCCCGGAACAUAUGUUGGCUUUUAUGGUGGCAUAACGGUUAUUGGUUGGUUUUACUUUUUAUUCUUUACACCCGAGACGAAGAAUUUGACAUUGGAAGAAAUCAAGGCAGUAUUUUCGAAGACUUGGAUGGAGAUUGCAAAACAUAAUAUGGAAGAUUUUCGAUAUCAAUGGAACAAGUUUUGGCACAAACGCAGAGGACGAGGAGAGGUUGGUGAACAAGUCCAAACCGUUUCUUCAUGAUUGUAUUUUUCAAUUGUUGGAUGAAUGUCUUUGAAUGUUCAAUUUCUAUAUAAAUGGAUUGUUUUUCUU